ACUAGUUCCCUCCAGACUGCUGGUGUGUGGCCCAGGGCGGAGCCCCUUGGUUUAAAGAGCAGAACCCAUCCAGCUGUCCUCAGACUUGCUCUCUGCAUCCCGUACCACUAACCUAGCUUGGGUGAGCUUCACGCCUGCAGCCUAUUCUGCAUCUCACCUGCAGCCUGCAGCCUUGCCCUGUAUCCUGACAUGAAGGGAGUAACCCGUGCCUUUCUCCUGGUGCUAGCAGCUCUGCCUGCCUUGGAAGCCAAUGAACCAACUGAUGAAGGCGGUCCCUUCUAUUAUGACUGGGAGAGCCUACAACUGGGUGGAUUGAUCUUUGGAGGGCUCCUGUGCAUCGCUGGAAUAGCCAUGGCCCUGAGUAAGUACAGGAAUUGGCAGAGUCGGGAAAGGAAGGCUCAAACUCGGCUGGCUGACUAUGUUCUUGCUUUCCCAGGUGGCAAGUGCAAAUGUAGGCGCAGUCACAAGCCCAGUUCCUUACCUGGGAAAGGCACCCCACUCAUCACUCCAGGCUCUGCAGGUACCUGCUGAAUUGAACAGCGGACAAACUUGGAAGCCGCUCUUGCCAGUCUCCUGUUCCUACUCUCUGAAGACCUGCCCUUCCACGAUGGCCUCUCUAGCGCAUACUGCUAAGUCUUCUGUGAUAGGGAAGGGUGACCCAAGCUUAUUUUGUAUUAAACUGGUCUUGCUGCUCCUUUUGUGGUCUUGUGAACCCUCUGUGGAUGUGGUGGGGAGGACAGGGUUGUGGGAUUGUCUCGGGAGUUGUCUAGGUCCUGUAUCUUCUUAUCUGGAAGCCCACUCCCAGCAAGACCCUACUAAUUGUGUGCCACAAAUGUUCAAUCCAGUCUAGCAAGACCCACAGAAAUAAAUGUACCAUGGGGUGCACAAUGUUUUUUA